AUGGCCCACGGGACAUCCGCCAACGCGCUGGAGCUGCGUAUUCACAAUCUUCUACGCCCCUUCCGCAAUAAAGUACACCAAACCACUAGCACAAAUAGUAAUCCCAAUGUUCACGACCUCGCUCUCCAGACGGAGAGGAAGUUGACUGUUCUGUGUCUGAACAUUGCUUUCCUCACACGAAACCAUUUCCAAAAUGUCAAACGCGAUAUCAGUGCCGAAGAUGUGUUCGUUGCUAUGCGGGGCUGGACAGGCGAUGGAGUGGGAGCAAGUGGAGGGACGUUUGCGAUCCUUGUACGCUUUCAAGGAAUGAUAGUAGGCGUUGUCAAGGCCAAUCUAAAGGUGGGCGCCAAUGUGAUGGAUAGUUUGUGCGCAAAAGUUGACGAAAUGCUUCUCGAAGCGCUCUAA